GUGUUUUUAAAAUGAAAAUGAAACUGAAAUCGAAACCAAUUGCGGGAAGCCAUCUGUAUUUUAUUGGAAAGAAAAGGGAUAUACCAAGGAAAUCUUCAAACAUUGGUUAAGAAAAAUAGCAGCUGUUAUGAUGCAUCCUUGCAACUGUUCACUAUUUAGACUCCUUGUUGUGAUGUGCAUUGUCCUCCAUGGAUUAGGGAAGACAACGGAAGCUUUCAGAACCUCAUGUGAAGUAACACGGUCAACAAAACAGGUUGUAGACGACUGUCCAGACAGUGAGGAAAAAUGGAAAGAGAGAGCAGCAAUUAAGAAUUGUACAGCGUUUGCCAGCCAAUGUGCUGAACCUGAGAGACUUGUUUACCAUUGUCUCAUUAACCAAUAUGUCAAUCAAACACUGGAAGUUUGUGCAUAUGCACAAAAUAUUGUAUUUGGUCUUUGCGCAAGUUACAGUUUCAGCGGGAAUUCGAUUCUGCUGAACUUAAGGACAAACUGUUCCGCAUUUAAAGAGAAACCCUGCCCGAAUUUUUAUCGGUCAGAUAAGGCGUACAAUUACCCAGAGUGCUAUGAAUUGACAAAGAAAUCAACAACAGUCGCAUACAUUUCAAAGACUAUGAGUAAUCAGGACAAAACUAGUGUUCCUACAACUCUAUCAUCAAACGAAUCAUCUAACACACAUGAAGACAAGACUGUAAUAGAAGAAAUGGUGAAGAUAACAAUCCCGGUUGUUGUUAUUGGGACACUAGCUAUAAUACUUUUAAUCGUUUUGAUUUAUUUACGAAGGAAGAAUGGGAAGACUUUUUGUGAAAAACCCUUUCAGAAAGGCUCUAAAAAAUCGAAUGAUGCAAGGGCAGAAAAAAUGAAAAUGUUCAAAACAUACGAAAAACACCAUGAUAUAGUUUGA